CUUUUGGCCAAGCAAGAGCUAAAAGCUAGCCGUUGUGUGAGGGACUGAGAGCUAGUGGUGCACUAGCUGGCUGUGAAUCUAGCCAUGGCUCUGUCCACGUUCGUCCUUGCCGUUCUUGUCAUGAGCGGCGCCGCCGCCCUUGGCCGCGAGCUCGCCGGCGACGGCGCCGCCGCCGCCGCGGCGGCCGACGUGGCCAUGGCGUCGAGGCACGAGAAGUGGAUGGCGAAGCACGGGAAGACGUACAAGGACGAGGAGGAGAAGGCGCGGCGGCUGGAGGUGUUCAGGGCGAACGCCAAGCUGAUCGACUCGUUCAACGCCGCCGCGGAGAAGGACGGCGGCGGCGGCCACCGGCUGGCCACCAACAGGUUCGCCGACCUCACCGACGACGAGUUCCGUGCCGCCAGAACCGGCUACCAGCGCCCGCCGGCGGCCGUUGCCGGCGCCGGCGGCGGGUUCCUGUACGAGAACUUCAGCCUCGCCGCCGCGCCGCAGAGCAUGGACUGGAGGGCCAUGGGCGCCGUCACCGGCGUCAAGGACCAAGGCUCGUGCGGUUGUUGCUGGGCGUUCUCGGCGGUGGCGGCGGUGGAAGGGCUGGCGAAGAUCAGGACGGGGCAGCUGGUGUCGCUGUCGGAGCAGGAGCUGGUGGACUGCGACGUCCGCGGCGAGGACCAGGGCUGCGAGGGCGGCCUCAUGGACACCGCGUUCCAGUACAUCGCGCGCCGCGGCGGCCUCGCCGCGGAGUCGUCCUACCCGUACCGCGGCGUGGACGGCGCGUGCCGCGCCGCCGCUGGGCGCGCGGCGGCGUCCAUCCGGGGGUUCCAGGACGUGCCGUCGAACGACGAGGGCGCGCUCAUGGCGGCCGUGGCGCGCCAGCCGGUGUCCGUGGCCAUCAACGGCGCCGGGUACGUGUUCCGGUUCUACGACCGCGGCGUGCUCGGCGGCGCCGGGUGCGGCACGGAGCUGAACCACGCCGUGACGGCGGUCGGGUACGGCACGGCGAGCGACGGCACGGGCUACUGGCUGAUGAAGAACUCGUGGGGCGCGUCGUGGGGCGAGGGCGGCUACGUCAGGAUCCGCCGCGGCGUCGGCCGCGAGGGCGCCUGCGGCAUCGCACAGAUGGCCUCCUACCCCGUCUGAUUAUAUAAACAAAACACACGCCGAUCAACCACGUCAUUAAUUGAUUCGAUGGAUCAGUUUCAAAAUAUAAGUCAUUCUAACAUUUUCUACAUUCAUAUUAAUGUUAAUGAAUCUAAUAUGAAUAUAGAAAAUACAUGAAUGACUUACAUUAUGAAACGGAGGAAAUAUAAAUAUUAAUUAAGAUGUGUAUAUAUAUGUGCUCUGGUAUGUAUAGCGACACUGCACCGUGUCAACAUGUAUUCUGAAAUCUGAACCGGCCGGCCCGUGCAGGAAGUCUGCAAAAGUUGGACGCGCGGGGCUGUACGUAGCUGUGUGUAUAUUGUAUAGUGUAUAUACUACUUACCAUGAUGAAGUUGUACAAAGUGAAAUAUGUUACCAUAUUACCGUACA